AUGGGGUCCUUGGGCAGUCGGAUUCUGAGACACACAGAAUCAGAAAUAGCUGAAACGCAUGAGCCAGAACCACAGGCAGGCCCCAGUUAUGUAUCUGGUAGCCGAAAACGCAGGCAGAGCAGGGGCCCCUCCUUGGACCAAGAGUCUGGGAACAGCAGCACGUCCCUAGACCAGGAAGAUAAUCUACAAAUCGUCAGCACAAGCCACAGUAAAAAAGUUAAGAUUACAUCUGAGCAUGCUUACCAAACUUUAUUUUUGAAUGCGGAAACCAGUGACAUUAAAAUCCGUGCUCUGGGAAAAGUAUGGUGUUUACACAAAAUGUUUUUAUGUCAGUCAGACUACUUUGCUACUAUGUUUAGAGGUUCUUGGAAAGAAUCUCACGAAGAUAUUAUUGACCUGGACGUUAAUGACCCAAAUAUAGAUGCAGAAUCCCUGCACUUUGUACUAGGUUCCUUGUACAGAGAUGAAUUUGUCUUAAGUGAGCCACUUCAAGUUCCACGAGUUUUGGCAACAGCAUGCCUGCUUCGAGUAGAGGACUUAGUUCGGCAGUGUGAUGAGGCCAUGAAGAAAGCAAUUAAUGUGAAAACUGUAUGUAGCUAUUAUGCAGCAGCAGAAACCUAUGGAUUAGAUUCUGUAAAGACACGCUGCUUUGAAUGGCUUCUCCACAAUUUGAUGACACAUCCAAGUGUUGAACUUUAUAAAGAACUCAAUGGAGAGCUCAUGAAUCUGCUCCAUUCUUCUUCUAAUUUAUUAGUAAUGCAAAAGGAACUGGAUGUAUACACCACACUUAAAAAGUGGAUGUUCCUUCGUCUUAACCCAGAUUGGACCGGCUCAACAAAACAGCUUUUAAUUAAUGCAAACAACUGGUUUUCCAGGCACAGGGAAGGUGCUGGAAACAUUGCCUUCCUUGAAACCAAACAAGGUAUAACAUUUCAACCAGUAUUUAAAAAUUUGCGGUUUCAGCAUAUGAUCUGUGACCUGGCCUCCACAAGAGUUAUUGAGCAAGAUACUCUAAUACCUUCAGAAUGGUUAUCACAUGUUUAUAAACAACAAUGGUUUACCUUCCUUAGAGCACAAGAAUACAGGGAAACUGGGCCCCAAGACAUCAAUGAAACAGAACUUGAAGAAUAUAGCAUGAGGUGUGGUAGAAGGAUUGCCAAGAAUGGAAAAUACUCAUGGAAGUGGUCAGGUUACAACUUUGGCUUUCCCUUACAUGUUAUCUUCACCAGCCAUUAUAUAAUUUUCAAGCAAACUAUUUACAAUUAUUCAUGUGACAGUUCACAACCUCAAAGAAAUAUUGCAUUCAGAUUAACUUUGGUACGUUUUGAUUCUAGUGGGAAAGUAACUUUCAGCAAAACAACUGGUUAUAGAAUCCUUACUUUUGCAAAGGAUGAAGAACAAAUGGUAAUGAAGUUGGAUGGCAUUGUUCUGAAAUUCCCUUUAUAUAUAUUCUGUAACUUCCUGUUUAUAUCAUCAGAAAAUCCAGGAAAUUGA